AACACAUCGUCGCACGGGCCUUGCGAUCAGCGGAACGCCCUCCGCAACUUAGCCAACCCCACGGUCUUGCACAGCCGCGUAGUAAGACCAUUCUGUAUUGUGCAUAUGGUCCUAUCGGCUACUGCCUAGCAUCAUUACCUUUCGAAGAUGCAAUGAGCACUACAGCUGGGUCUCAAUUCGGCCCAGAAGAUGCGCCGCCCACCAGAAGCUCAUUACAGCUUCACGAUACCGUCGAUCCACGAUGACACGACACUCGAUUGCCGCGUAUACCAUCCAGAUGCCCUGACCAAGCCGAAAGAGUCGGUCGAUAUCGCGCAAUGGAGGAGGAGGGGUAUCGUCAUGGCACACCCAUACGCGCCAAUGGGUGGUAGCUAUGACGAUCGGGUAGUUAGCAUCGUAGUGGAGGAGUUCUUACAUGCUGGAUGGAUGGUGGGCACGUUCAACUUUAGAGGUGCUCACGGGUCCAAGGGACGUACUAGCUGGUCUGGAAGACCUGAACUAGACGACUAUACAUCCUUCGCCGCAUUCUUCAUGCACUACAUAUCCUGCCUUCGACCGCGUCUUACCUCCGAGCUUACCUUCGUGCCUGAUCAGCCGCCGAUACUAUCCAGUCAAAGCGAACCGGCAUCGACGCAUGACGAUGAGUCUCCCAUAGUCAUACUAGGAGGCUACUCUUAUGGCUCCCUCAUCCUUAGACACCUACCGCCCGUACCGACUAUACUACAACCUUUUUCUGCUCAAGUGGCGGGUACUGCAGCUGAUGAGAUAGUUCUGCGCGCUCGCAAGCUAGCAGACCAGAGCAAUCUGGAAUGGAUCAACCUAGCUCGGGAUGAAACCAGAGCUAGGGCGAAGAGUAGAGCAGGGAAUGAACCGAGACCUCAGGUUACAAUGGGUGGGGAAGAGACCAGUCCAGAAAAGCGCAGGAGUAGCAGAGACGUCCGAAGAAGUCUCGAGGGCGGCUCGCGGCUCGAAAUCCGAACGAGGUUAAGAAGCCUCAGUCACAGGCGACGGCACGAAAGCCAUGAACCGAUACAGCAGCCGGGAAAGAAUAGCGCGACGACUACAAUGCCAGAUGUGCGCUAUCUGCUCAUCUCGCCGUUGACAGCCCCAACCUCUACACUUGCUGCACCGGCAUUGAUACACAAGUUUUGGAGCAGGUCUAAAAACGACUAUCAGGAAGUGAUUGGGAAGCAUAUAACCCUAGCCAUCUAUGGUGAUCAGGAUAUCUUCGCUUCGUCAAAGAAAAUCCGGGACUGGUCAGAACAACUCAAAGCCGAGCCGGCAUCACGCUUUACCAGUGUUGAGGUCGCAGGCGCAGGGCACUUUUGGCAUGAGAACGGCGUUGAAGUAAGACUAAGAUCUGCGCUGAAGGAGUGGGAAGCUGCGAUACGAUAGCAGAAUACAAGAUUCUCGAGUUUAGAGUCUUGUUUCCAGCGGGUACAUUCUCGUUGGAUCAAGUCUGCUUUCUUCUCAUCCUCUGACAACGCUUCGUCCAUGUCUUCUGCAUAUAUCCACCAGUACUUUCUCGUCCUAGACUGAAUACAAUGUGUACGGCGCUCUCUUAUCGAGCGGGAAUCACUAUGAAACACUCCAUUUGUCUUCCGCUCUGUAGAAUACGCACGUGUGAUCUCAAGCUUUCCGC